UCCUGGGGAACGGAGACGACAACAGAAGGUAUGUGAGCUCAGCUACGAGAACGAAGAUGCUGAAUUCGCUGGGAUUUUCCAUUUCGCCUUUUUCUUCUUCUUCGUCUUCUCAUCAGUCGUCGUUGUCGUUCCCUGGCUUGUUCUCGAGUUCGUCUUCUCGCAAGUAUCGGGCUAAGGCUGCAAGAAUUAGUAGGGACGGCGCCUUUCCUAAGCAUGCAUUUCCCUUCUUGUCGAAAACAUUGAAGGUUGUUUCUAGUUCCAACUUCUCUGCUGUUUUGAGAGGUGAAAGUCCUGCGAUGACAUUAUCAGAGGAAGACGUUGAAAAUAUCGGUAUUUUGGCCGUUGAUCCAGCUCUGGAAAAAUACAAAGAUCACUUCAGGUAUAGAAUGACGAGAUAUUUGGAACAGAAGAAGCUUUUUGAAAAGCAUGAAGGAGGUCUAGAAGAAUUUUCUCGAGGUUACUUGAAAUUUGGGUUCAACAGAGAAUAUGGUGGCAUUGUGUACCGGGAAUGGGCUCCUGCUGCUGUAGAGGCAGAACUUAUUGGGGAUUUUAAUGGAUGGAAUGGCUCCAACCAUAAGAUGGAAAAGAAUCAAUUUGGGGGUUGGAGUAUAAAGAUGCCGGAUGUUGAUGACAGUUCAGCAAUUCCACAUAAUUCUCGGGUUAAGUUUCGCUUCAAGAACGGAAAUGGAGUAUGGGUCGACCGAAUUCCUGCUUGGAUUAAAUAUGCCAUUGUUGACUCAACAAAGUUUGCGGCACCUUAUGAUGGUGUUUAUUGGGAGCCCCCGUCUUCGGAAAGGUAUGAGUUUAAUUACCCACGCCCUCCCAAACCGAAAGCACCUCGCAUAUACGAGGCCCAUGUAGGAAUGAGUAGCUCGGAGCCACGCAUUAAUUCAUACAGAGAAUUUGCUGAUGAGGUUUUACCCCGAAUUAAGGCGAAUAACUACAACACAGUUCAGUUGAUGGCUGUCAUGGAGCAUUCCUACUAUGCAUCUUUUGGGUAUCACGUGACAAACUUUUUCGCAGUGAGUAGUAGGUCUGGCACACCUGAGGAUCUCAAGUAUUUGAUCGACGAAGCGCAUAGCUUAGGUCUACAAGUGUUAAUGGAUGUUGUUCAUAGUCACACAAGUAACAACGUCACCGACGGGCUGAAUGGCUACGAUGUAGGCCAAAACUCAGAGGAUUCUUAUUUCCAUACAGGAGAAAGAGGAUAUCACAAGUUGUGGGAUAGUAGACUUUUCAACUAUGCUAAUUGGGAAGUUCUUCGGUUCCUCCUUUCCAACUUAAGAUGGUGGAUAGAGGAGUUCAAAUUUGACGGGUUUCGAUUUGAUGGGGUAACUUCAAUGUUGUAUCACCACCAUGGGAUCAACAUGGCCUUUACUGGAAACUACGAAGAGUAUUUCAGUGAGGCAACUGAUGUAGAUGCAGUGAUCUACUUGAUGCUGGCUAAUUCUCUCAUCCAUAGCAUCUUGCCUGAUGCUACUGUUAUUGCUGAAGAUGUAUCCGGUAUGCCAGGACUUGGUCGACCAGUUCCUGAGGGGGGUGUCGGUUUUGACUACCGCCUAGCCAUGGCCAUCCCUGACAAAUGGAUUGAUUAUGUAAAGAACAAGAGUGAUGCAGAGUGGUCUAUGAAGGAUAUUUCAUGGAGUUUGACAGACAGGAGAUACACUGAGAAGUGUAUUUCAUACGCAGAGAGUCAUGACCAGCAGUCCAUAGUGGGUGACAAGACUAUUGCAUUUUUCUUGAUGGACAAGGAGAUGUAUAGUGGCAUGUCCUGCUUAGAGGAUCCUUCCCCAAUCGUUGAACGAGGGAUUGCGCUUCAUAAGAUGAUACAUUUUAUAACAAUGGCUUUAGGGGGUGAAGGGUAUCUCAAUUUUAUGGGAAAUGAAUUCGGUCACCCUGAAUGGAUAGAUUUUCCGAGGGAAGGAAAUGGUUGGAGUUAUGAGAAAUGUAGACGCCAAUGGAACCUUGUGGAUACUGAUCACCUGAGGUACAAGUUCAUGAAUGCUUUUGACAAAGCUAUGAAUGCACUUGAUGAGAAGUAUUCGUUUCUUUCAUCGGCGAAACAGAUUGUUAGCAGUGCAAAUGAAGAUGACAAGGUUAUUGUCUUCGAACGUGGGGAUUUGGUAUUUGUUUUCAAUUUCCAUCCAGAGAUCACAUACGAAGGGUACAAAGUUGGAUGCGAUUUACCAGGAAAGUACAAAGUGGCACUGGAUAGCGAUGCUUGGGAAUUCGGUGGUCGAGGAAGGGUCGGCCACGAUGUAGAGCAUUUCACUUCCCCUGAGGGGAUACCAGGAGUGCCCGAGACAAAUUUCAAUAACCGUCCAAACUCUUUCAAAGUGCUCUCGCCUCCACGGACUUGCGUGGUUUAUUACCGUGUGGAAGAAGAUCUAAGUGAAGCUACAGGAGAAGAGGAAGAGAAUAAUGAGACAGAACCCCUGGAAGAUGUUUCAGUCAACACCGACGAUAAGUCAACAGCCAUAGUUGUGGCCGAGAUUCAGAGCCUCCAAGGUGAAGAAGAAGAAGAAGAAGAAGAAGCAGACUCUGAGAAAACCACUGCUUCUCAACUCAAGCAGAAGGAAUUGAUCAACCUUCGAGUUAAUUCACAGGAUUUUGAAGCAGAAGAAGCAGAAAACGAUGAAGAAGAAGAAGAAGAAGAAGAAGAAGCUGAAGAGACCGACAACGCGUGGGGGGACGUUUCAUUCGACGACUAAAUCCUCUUUUUCAUAGCUACGAAAAUCCAUAGGAAGCAAUGUAGAAAUAUAGCAUGUAGAAAGAAGUAUUUAGCUAUUCGCAUUGUAUGGCAUGAUAUCCAGUGAAAAAACAAAAAAGAAGAAAGCUUUCAUGGAUCAUGAA